AUGCCUCGCCCACGCCUGGUCAACAAUGUCCUCUAUGUGAUUCUACUCUCCGCAGCGCUCGACCUCGUCGGCCCCGAUAUUCCUAAAGGCCUCGUCCUCCUCGCGGAUAUUAUACCCUCCUUCGCGACCAAGCUGAUCGCCCCAUACUUCAUCCACCUCGUACCAUACUCCACCCGAGUCCUGAUCUUCGUCUUCCUCUCAGUCGUCGGCAUGCUCAUCGUGGCCAUGAGCCCGAGUUAUACAGAUGGUGGAACGAUCGCAUCCAAGGUUGCCGGAAUCAUCCUGGCGAGUCUCUCGGCUGGAGGUGGCGAACUGAGCUUCGUCGGACUCACACAUUUCUACGGACCGUUCAGCUUGGCCGCUUGGGGAGUGGUACCGGGGCCGCGGGCUUAG